UGCCGUUUUCUGUCAACAGGAGGUCGGCAAUGUCGAAUGCGAAUUAUGACGUAGCAAACGGCCCUCGCAUCGCAAAGAAAUCCGAACAUUCGAAAACAAAUAACCAACCACAUGGCAACUUUCUAAAUAUAAGCUUCCAUAUCCAACGUCAACUGACAGGUACCUCGGCUCUCUAGACCAAAUCUGCCUUGCAUCUCCAAGUUACGGAUUUCUCAAAACCUAGACUCCAUCAGUCAUUAUUAAUGUGGACCUGCAGAAGUACGUACAUUAGUAGGACCCUUUCCACAUGAAAGCAUCCCCUCCCCUCCCCUCGCCGUCAAUCCAUCCAUGUCGGGAACUUUACGACUCAUUAUCUUGGCCGCGGCCAUGUCUAACUUUUACCACUCGUGAUUAUCUCUCUUUCUAAGCGACAACGAACACACUCUCCGAAAGAUCCGAUAUCCAAAUACCCUCACACCACUAUAAAAACGUAGCAGCGGAUGGUGUUUGCGUCGUCGUUGUGGUUGAUCUUCUCUUCACUACUGACGAAAGGUACCUCUGUACACAAGCAACAAAGCCACGCCGUAUUUUUCAGCCCCCUUCAUCGUGCGGCGUUUGUCGUUGCCCUUACUUGUCAUACGUGAACACGACUUUGUAAGCGUGUUAAAUCCAUCACUUCUGCCUGGAAUAACCUAUCAUUCGUUCUAUCCAGGAGAUAAGACAAGAGAAGUUUCUCGAACGUAAUAUGAACCGGGUCUUCUGAGCAUCAUCGUUCCACUUUACCUAUCCGAGUUUGUGUUCAACGCCGUACAACCUUCGUUUGAGCCCUUCUCCUGGGGAUUUUCUCAAACCAUUAUCAAACCUGUGAGAACGACAGUACAUCAUGAUGGGUCGAACGGUAUCCAAAAAACCCAAGGCCGCGACGAAUCCGUCUUCAUCAUUGGAUGAGGAUAAUGCGAAAUCAACUGCAUUAUCAAAAUCCGACAGCUAUGAUAGCUAUCCGAAGGUCGAAGCGACGAGUACCUCCGCCAACUCUCGGAGGCCUCGUGCACUAAAGAUAGCUCUUGAUGAAUUCGCUCCAAGGGGGACCCCGGAGAGUGGGAGUGAAGAAGAUUAUGAUGCUCUGAAGCCGGAUCCCUCUGCUAUUGCUGUUGGUGGCAAGGGUGGUGGGUAUGAAGGAAUCAAGGAUGUGAAGACAAGUGUAUGUAUCUUUUUUUUACCGAGUUCUCAUAUAUACACCAUUUUUACUAAUAGCUUCAUCAGGAUAAAGACAAGCUCCCAGCGAAACGCAAGGGAAUAUUUAGUGACAUCGUUUUCACUCGAUCAUUCAGCACCUUGGAUGGUCGUAACCCCGCCACAGCAGAGAGUCCCUUUCGUGGAUUCUUCAACCUCUUCUGGCUGAGUGUUGCGUUUUUCAUGCUGCAGUUGUUUAUUGAGAACUGGCAAAACUAUGGAAGUGUUCUUGGGGGCAAUGAGAUUAUGAAGAUCGCUUUCCGAAGGGACGUCGUUGUUCUGUUAUUUUCAAGCGCUGCUAUGUGUCUUUCUCUCCUCUUUGGCUUGUUUUUACAAAAGGCUAUUUUGAAUGGUUAUGUGACGUGGAAUGGUGCCGGUUGGAUAAUUCAGAGUGUGAGUCACUUCAGUGACUUUUUGAGAGUGGUGAUUGAGAGAUGAAAUGCUGAUCGGUUUUAUUGUAGGUGUGGGAGAUAUUUUUUCUUGUGGCAGUUAUUGGGUGGACUGUGUUUCGAUCAUGGCCUUGGAGUCAUUCGAUUGCCUAUACGCUACAGGUAAACACCUAUUUUCAUAGCACAAGCGAAGGCCGCUAACCAGGAUUAGGGACUUGUCAUUCUUAUGAAGCAACACAGGUACGUUUAUAUCACUCUCUCCUAGAGACGUCCGAAUAAGAGUAUCAGCUGUUGUUCCCUGUCUCUCGCUUAUAAAACCCCGCGAAAUACUCCAAGACAAUUGAGAUUCUUAUUUGGGAAGUCUUUGGGGGAAUUAGUCCAUCCGGCUUCUAGUUUGCCUAAGCCUUCCCAAAUGAGAGCAUUUAUUUCAUGGUUGUUUCUUCUUCAGAUGGAAGACGUGUUAGAACAGCAAAUAAUCUUACUACAAUCAAGCAAUUGCUAACCUUUAACCAUCACAGCUAUGCAUUCUGUAAGUAACUCCACCAACCAACCACACCCAUCUCUAACGUCUCACAGACAACGGCAAUCUCUCAGAAGCCCAUCUAAUGCGCCAAAAACUCAUCCACUCCCUCGAAGCCCUCUCAAAAAUCUCACCCGUCACAAGCCCCUCCUCCACAUCCCCCACCGUCUCCUCCCUCUCAACCUCCUACCUGGACACGCGUCCCACAGCCAGCGACCUAAUCCAGCGUCGUCAAGCACUAAAAGACAACUCCAACACCAACACCACCUCCACCAUCUCCCAAGUUCUUACCGCCAUCUCCUCAGGUGACCCCCUCGACACCGACCAAAUCCACGCCUUCACACGGAUAAUCAACUGGGAAAUCUCAAUCCUAAACGAGGACCUAAAAGGCAAGUGUACGAACACGACAAACUACUACCCCAAGAACCUGACGGUAACGAACCUGUUGGAUUUCACGGUGAUUCCCACACUGGUGUACGAGUUGGAGUAUCCACGCAGCGAGACGAUCGAUUGGGGGUAUGCAUUUGAAAAGGGCGUGGCGACCCUGGGGAUCAUCGCGAUUAUGAAUACCCUUGCCCAAGCACGGAUCUACCCGGUCGUUGUGAGGGCUGUCGAGUUGAGGGAGACGUUGCCGGUUGGGGAGAGGUUGAAGGAGUUUCCGUUGAUUUUGAAUGAUUUGGUGUUUCCUUUUAUUAUGGAGUAUCUUUUGGUUAGUCGGACUCAUUACAACUCCCACUUUCUUAACUUUCUCUCAAAUUCCCCACAACUUUCUCAAUUAAAUUCGAAUUUGGGUUUGAGAGGAAGGAAACUGAUGAGUUUGAUAGACUUGGUAUCUGAUCUGGGAAUGUGUCUUGAAUUUCCUCGCUGAACUCACUUGUUUUGCGGAUCGGUAAGUUUCUUUCUUCUCUCCUUUCUCUACCUACCUCAAUAUAAACCUCGCUAUAAACUAAAGAAUUUACUAACGACUUCACCAGAGGCUUCUGCAACGCCUGGUGGAACGCCGCCUCCUUCGAAAACUACGCCCGAGACUGGAACAGACCAGUGUACGUCCCCCCUCCCCAUUCCCCCCUCCCCCUUAUUCCCCACUAACACCCCACCCCCACCCAGGCACCUCUUCCUCCUCCGCCACGUCUACAACAGCUCCAUCUCCACCUUCAAAGUGACCAAAUACACCGCCACAUUCAUCACCUUUUUUCUUUCCGCCAUCCUUCACGAGAUGCUCAUGGUCAUCCUCUUCCACCGCGUACGCGGCUACCUGCUUAUCAUGCAACUAUGCCAGUUACCACUUAUUAGGUUUAGUCGCACACGGUUUAUGAGGAAACGACCGACUUCGGGGAAUGUGUUGCUUUGGGUUGGUCUGUUGACGGGGCCGGGGUUGUUGUGUAGUUUGUAUUUGAUUAUUUGA